AGAAAAUUCGCGUUAUUUUAUUUAAUUAAACACUUAUACUUAUUUUUUUAUAAUAAAUAUUAUCGCCUUGUAUCCGACACUACACAAAAUAUCGAUCGAUAUCGAGCGUUUCAAUAUCGCGCCGCAGCUCGAGAUCUCGAAAAUAUGUUUCAAAGUGGGAGAUGGCGCUGCGACGAAGAAGGAAGGAAGGAAGGAAGAGAGCCACGCGACCGACCCAUACUUGUCACCCGAGUUUUCUCGCGAUAGAACAACGAGAAAUAACAAAGGACGGGGGAGGAGGAGGAGGAGAAGGAGGAGAUCGGAGGAAAGGAGCGCGAAAUCACGCAGAGAAACCGGGAAAAGGCGGGCAGCUUGAACCAAGCCACUACAACGACUGGCUUUCGUUGCAGAAGCAAACUCCCCAUCUGCUCUGUUCGUUGCUGCCCCAACUCCCUGCUGUCAUUAUACGAUUGUGUGUGUGCGAGCACGCCCUUGUCAACGUCGUGUGCAAGCGUACAAGAAGGAGCGUGUAUGUCGCAGCUGCAGCUGCUUGCAAGAGCGGAACACUGGGCUUUGGGGAUGGCAACGGUUGUGCACCACCUGGCCUUAGGAAGCCAGCACCGGGCCUCAACAUUGGCGUAGACUUUACUUGAAAUGAAUGACCGGAAAAAAGGGGAAUAGAAGAGCAUAAUAGAGCGGCGACUUUCGAAAUUCCGGCACCCUCUUCAAUGAUGGCUUCAUUACAUUACACUCAAUCUACCACAAAUGACGCAACGUACAAAUUUCCCUGCUUUACGAGUCGAUAACUUUCACGGAGCAUUACCAUACUUGAUCGCAUUAAUAGUCCAGAGGAUAAUAAGUCUCAACUGAAUUAAGGGUGGCGGGAAUUGUAGCAGAUACAACUGCUUAAUGGAAACGUUCUAUGUUCACAUAUUCUCGCACUACCCUUGAAGAAAAUAUUGUAAUCAAUUUUAAAAUUCUUAUAUGUAUAUCUUUUAUG